AUGCAAUUCAAACUCUUCUCCAUGCUGGCCCUCGCCACCUUCGUCGUAGCAGACGAGGCUGUCGAGAAGAAGCGCGAUAUUGGAGAUGAUCUCGAAGGCAUCGCCUCCAGCAUCAAAGGCAGCUUCAAUAAUCUGAUAACGGCCAUCGGCAACAUCCCUCCAAACGUUGCCUCAGUCCUGGCAACCGCCGUUCCCCCGCCCACCGGCACGAAUAUCCAAAGCUACAUCAACUCCAUCGUCAGCGACGUGAACGACGGCACCCCGCCCGCCUGGUACACCAGCUUACCAGCCGAUGCCAAGAGCUUCCUCAGCUCCAAGGCCUCCGAGCUCGCCACUGUCAUCCCCACUGCUGCUCCAACUGCUGUUUCGACCCAGACGACAAGCGGAAACUACGCUCCGGCCGCCAGGCCAACCGGUGCCAUCAUGGGAAGCCUGGUUGGCGCUGCUGGUGUGCUGGGUCUUGCUGUUAUGCUGUAA